AUGGCGCGCACGAAGCAGACGGCGCGUAAGUCGACGGGCGGGAAGGCGCCCCGCAAGCAGCUGGCCACCAAGGCGGCCCGCAAGAGCGCGCCGGCCACGGGCGGCGUGAAGAAGCCGCACCGCUACCGGCCCGGCACGGUGGCGCUGCGCGAGAUCCGGCGCUACCAGAAGUCGACGGAGCUGCUGAUCCGCAAGCUGCCCUUCCAGCGCCUGGUGCGCGAGAUCGCGCAGGACUUCAAGACCGACCUGCGCUUCCAGAGCUCGGCCGUGAUGGCGCUGCAGGAGGCGAGCGAGGCCUACCUGGUGGGGCUCUUCGAGGACACCAACCUCUGCGCCAUCCACGCCAAGCGCGUCACCAUCAUGCCCAAGGACAUCCAGCUGGCCCGACGCAUCCGCGGCGAGCGCGCCUGAGGCUCCUGCCGUGCCAGCACCAAACCCAAAGGCUCUUUUAAGAGCCACCACGUGGCCACCAGAGAGAGCUGUGUCUCUUGGUUUUUUUGGAGCAGGCGUAGGCAGCGUGUGCCGAGCGCUCUUUUCCGUGCUCAAGGCAGCGCCGAUUCUGGGAUAACUGGGGAGGUUCGGGUCGCAGGCAGUGUGGGA